GGGUUGUCCUUGACGUGAGGAGGGGGCGCACAGCAGCCCAGCCCCGUCCUUGGAGAGCCGCGAGCCCGCAGGAGAAGAGGCCCGCCGAAGCGGGGGCUGCUGGGAGAGGCGCCGCGGCAAACUCGCCCCCGUCCCGUCCCGUCCCGUCCACGGCGCGCACGCUGAGGGGCCGGGGCGGCCGGGGAGACCACGUGCUCGGGCGGUCGUGGGCGGGGCUUGGCGGGGCGCGGGUGCCAAUCAACGGCUCAACUUCAAAUGGUAUCGGCAAGAUCAGCGGCGGAGCUGGGGGCGGCCGCGUCAGUCGGAGUGCAAGAGCGGCGCGGAGCGCAUCGCCCGGCCCCGCAGCGCAGCGCCUCGCCGGACCCACCCACCAAGCGGGGGAUCCCGCCGGAGCGCUCCCGGGAGCAGGGCGGCCGCAGCCCGGACGGCAGCCCGGCGCGCGGGACGGAGGACCCCCAGGGAGGUCCGCCCGCCCCCCGAGCGCGCCCGGGAUGUCCUUCCCGCAGCUGGGCUACCCGCAGUACCUGAGCGCCAGCCCGGUCGUCUACGGCGGGGGCGACCGGCCGGGGGUGCUGGCCGCCGCCGCCGCCGCCGCUGCCGCCGCCGCCGCCUCGGGCCGUCCCGGCGCCGCCGAGUUGAGUAGCGGCUCCUCGGCCGCCGUCACCUCGGUGCUGGGCAUGUACGCCGCCGCCGCCGCCGCCGCCGGGCCCUACGGCGCGCCCAACUACAGCGCCUUCCUGCCCUACGCCGCCGACCUGAGCCUCUUCUCGCCCGUGGGUUCCCAGUAUGAACUGAAGGACAACCCGGGAGUCCAUCCUGCCUCUUUUGGUGCUCACUCCACUCCUGGUUAUUAUCCCUACGGACAGUUCCAAUAUGGCGAUCCUGGAAGGCCCAAGAAUGCCACUCGGGAGAGCACCAGCACCUUGAAGGCCUGGCUGAACGAGCACCGCAAGAACCCCUACCCGACCAAGGGCGAGAAGAUCAUGCUGGCCAUCAUCACCAAGAUGACCCUCACUCAGGUCUCCACCUGGUUCGCCAACGCCCGCCGCCGCCUCAAGAAGGAGAACAAGGUCACUUGGGGAUCAAGGAGCAAAGAUGACGAGAACAUCUUCGGGAGUGACAACGAGGGGGAUCCGGAGAAGAACGAAGAUGAUGAAGAGAUAGACCUGGAAAGUAUCGACAUUGACAAAAUAGACGAGAAUGAUGGGGAGCAGAGUAAUGAGGAAGAAGAGGAGAAGGUGGAGCUCCUAAGGCAAAGCAGUGAGGAGGAAUCUUUGGGGAAAGAGAAGGCUUCGCCCCUGACAGGCCCUGAAGGACUUAAACCCAAAGAGACCCUGUCUCUGGGGAAAGAAGACUCAGACAGCCCCACGCAGAUCCUUAGCCCCAACAGACACAACAAUCUACAAAGCCCACCUCACCACAAACCCAAAAUCUGGUCCUUGGCAGAGACUGCGACCAGCCCUGACGGGGCCCUCCACAAGGCGACCCCUCCUUCCCCUCCGGCCCCCCCAGUUAACCACACAUCCCCCCAGCUCCCGCACCCGGCUUUCCUCCCCAGCCAUGGACUUUACACCUGCCAGAUCAGCAAGUUCCAUAACUGGACUAAUGGGCCGUUCCUCACCCAGAGCUCCUUGUUAAACGUGAGGUCCUUUUUGGGAGUUAACCACCACCACCACCACCACGCUCUCCAGGGCCAGUCGCAGCAGUCUAUGUUAACAGUGCUCAGCACUGAAAAGCCAUUGGAAAGGACCAGCCCCAAACACAUAGAAAGAGAAAACGUCCCGAGGACUGACUCUCCGCCUCAACCAUUAAAAUCUCACUUUCGGGCUGUCCGGGACAACUCUUUGACUCAGCAAGAGGGAACAUCGUGAAUUUUAACAGCUCUUCCUUCUGCUUGAUUAAUUUUUGUUUUGAGUGGAAAAGAAAAUUUCACAGACUGUUCUAAAGGACGGGGAGGGGGUGGGGAUGCUCUAAACGACCCCCAUCAAUCUCGGUUUUUUUUGCAAUAAAGUGGUACCAAUCCGUUUUUUUAAAGAAUAGAUUUUUUUUCCAGCUCCGAAACUGAAUUAUUUCCUUUUCUGUUGUUCCCAUUUCCAGACUGUGUAAUUCUCCCCGUGGCGGGAUCACUUGUUUUGGGUUAAAAGCAAUUCUCAUGUGUUUGUGUUCUUUUUUUUCUGUAUAUAAAGUGAUUUCGAAUUGUAAAUAGCACCACAGCAAAAGCUCGUUGAAAUCGUAUAUUUUUGUCUAAUAAAGAAAAUGAAAUGAG